CGCGCAUGCGGGCACCAGAAUACGCCACAACGGACAUUUAUCGUAUCAUGUUGAGUUGCUGGCAUGGGGAUCCUAAGGAAAGGCCAACAUUUACUGACUUAGUGGAAAUCCUGGGUGACCUGCUGCAAGAGAAUGUCCAGCAGGAAGGAAAGGACUACAUCCCUCUCAAUGACUCACAGAGCUCAGAAGAGAUGGACUCAUCACAAGCUCCUAUCUGCCCACAACACAAUUCAGAUGAGGAAGAGUGUGACAUGCGACUGCACUGCCAUAACCUGGCUGUAAGAUAUUACAACUGUGUUUCCUUUCCUGGCUGCUUCACUGGUGGUAAUCAAAUCCGUUGCCCGGCAAGACUGAAAACCUUUGAAGAAUUUCCAAUGACACACUUGGCACACAAAGGGCACCCGGACAAUCAGACUGACAGUGGGAUGGUACUGGCUUCAGAGGAACUGGAGAAGAUAGAGAACAGACACAGGACAGAAGGGGGAUUCAGCAGUAAAAGCUCCCGUAGAAACAAGGAUAUAGCUUCAGGCUGUUCAUCCCCCCAGAACCGGAGUCACCCCUCAUACCCAUUUUAUAGUGGAGGGCAAACAUUUUAUAACAGUGAAUACGGAGAGCUGUCAGAACACUCAGAAGGGGACAGCUUCACUCCCCCUGGAGGCUCUGCCAGUCCUGGGAUCGUCCAUGCCUCCUUCUUCUCUGAUGAAAACUGA